AUGCCUAAUACCACCACAAGAAUGAUUUCCCUGCUUGCUUGUGUGACGUCAUGAGGUACAGACAAAACCAGGAGGUGUUCCGGCGAAGCUCCAGUUUCUCUCCGGCAACCAGGUGUGUCGGGUGGCAGGUUUUCCGUUUUCUGUGCUGAAGGACAGAAGAAAAUGAUGCGUGGGAGCGUGGUGGUGGUGAUGGUGGCGGUGAUGGUGCUGAUGGUGACGGGGCAGCACUCAGUGCUAGCCUCGCCGCCGUGUGAUGGGAGAUCUUGCCCUGAGAUAUACCAGCCAGUGUGUGGAACCGACGGGAAGACCUACGACAACGACUGCUACUUCUCCAUCGCCAAGUGCAAGAACAGAAGGCUCCGGAAACUCCAUCAGGGAGCAUGUGGCCAGCAGCAAAAAGACUGCCCCGGGAUCUGCACCGCGGAUUACAGACCUGUGUGUGGCAGCGACGGCAAGACCUACGGGAACCUGUGUGCGCUGGAGGCAGAGAAGAGAUGUGUCAACCCGAAGUUAACUUUUGUCAGCAAUGGAGAGUGUCCGAGUAACUGCCCCGGGAUCUGCACCCUGGAGUACGCCCCUGUGUGUGGCAGUGACGGCAAGACCUACGGGAACCUGUGUGCGUUGGAGGCAGAGAAACGAUGCAAUAACCCUCAAUUGACUUUGGUCAGCAAAGGGGAGUGUCCGAAACAGCAACUCGAGUGCCCAAGAUUCUGCCCUGCUGUAUUCGCACCCGUGUGUGGCAGCGACGGGAAGACCUACAGCAACUCGUGCGUACUGGGGGUGGAGGCGGCCUGCAACAACAAGCCUAACCUCUACCAAGUCAGUGACGGCCCUUGCGGGAGCGGACCUGCUAAAACAUCGAAGUGCUGCAGCAAGAACAAGCGUGGCUUCACAGCACACACACCAUACCUCGUCCUUGCUGACCGUGCUUUGUGUCAAGCCCAACUGAACUGCCCCGUGAUGUGCCCCGAGGCUUACUCCCCUGUGUGUGGCAGUGACGGGGAGACUUACGAGAGCUUCUGUGUCCUGGAGGAGGAGCGAAGAUGCGAGAAUGACACCACCAUCACCAUGAUCAGCGAAGGGGAGUGUCCGCCAGAACUCGAGCAACUGGGGCAGCUGAGGCCGUGUCCGGGGGUGUGUCAACUGGUGUACAGCCCCGUGUGUGGCGGGGACGGGAGGACCUACAACAACAUCUGCAUGUACGAGGCCCACAAGAGAUGCAUUAACCCUCAGAUCACCCUGGCUGGGAUAGGCGAGUGUGGACUUUUCCAGGUUCAGCAGCAGGUCGUUCAGCAACAACAGUUCCAGCUCCUACUCCUGCAGGAUCCGCAAAUACUGAGUCAACUGCAACAGAACCCGAACCAGCAGCAACAACAGCAACAGCAACUCCUCCAGCAACAACUAGAGCAACAGGCUCUGCAGCAACAACUCCUCCAACAACAACAACUACAGCAACAGCCCGAGCUGCAACAACUCCUCCAACAACAACAACUACAGCAACAGCCCGAGCUGCAACAACUCCUCCAACAACAACAACUAGAGCAACAGGCCCAGCAGCAACAACUCCUCCAAGAACAACAACUACAGCAACAGCCCGAGCUGCAACAACUCCUCCAACAACAACAACUACAGCAACAGCCCGAGCUGCAACAACUCCUCCAACAACAACAACUAGAGCAACAGGCCCAGCAGCAACAACUCCUCCAACAACAACAACUACAGCAACAGCCCGAGCUGCAACAACUCCUCCAGCAACAACAACUACAGCAACAGCCCGAGCUGCAACAACUCCUCCAACAACAACAACUAGAGCAACAGGCCCAGCAGCAACAACUCCUCCAAGAACAACAACUACAGCAACAGCCCGAGCUGCAACAACUCCUACAGCAACAAGGGCAACAGCCCGAGCUGCAACAACUCCUACAACUCCAACAACAACAGCUCGUGAGUGACCAACUACAGAGAGAACAGCUCGUACCAAACAAUCUACAACAAGAACUACUCCUAGGAAACCAACUCCAAGAAGAACAACUCGUGAGGAACCAACUGCAACAACAAGCGCUCAUACAACAGCACCUACAACACCAGCUCCUACAGCACGUCACCCAACAGGAAGUAGAGCAACUGGUCCAGCAGCUACGACUCCUACAGCAGAACCCAGAGGAGGAGAUCCAGCAACAGCUCCAGAUCAUUGAGCGACUCCAGAUCAUGCAGCUCCAGUGUCCCGGGGUGUGCACGUUCGAGUACAACCCAGUGUGUGGCAGCGACGGCAGGACCUACGGGAACCUGUGUCAGCUGGAGGCUGAGAGGCGCUGCAACAAUGCCCUCCUCAUCGCCGUGGCCAGGGGCGAGUGUGGAACCCAACAUCAAGAUGACUGCCCCGGAGUCUGCACCCUGGAGUACAACCCUGUGUGUGGCAGCGACGGCAAGACCUACGGGAACCUGUGUCAGCUGGAGGCAGAGAAGCGAUGCGUCAACCCCCGAUUAAGUGUUGCCAGCCAAGGAGAGUGUCAGAACCAGCACCAAAGUGACUGCCCCGGGAUAUGCACCCUGGAGUACAACCCUGUAUGUGGCAGCGACGGCAAUACCUACGGGAACCUGUGCCAGUUGGAGGCAGAACGGCGAUGCGUCAAUGCCAAGCUCACUCUGGUCAGCAAGGGAGAGUGCCACAAAUACGAAUGCCCAGGAGUAUGCACCAAAGAAUACAGGCCGGUGUGUGGCAGCGACGGCCAGACAUAUGGAAACUUGUGUUUGUUUUCGACUCAGAAAAGAUGUGUCAAUCCUCUGCUCACCCUGAUCAGCCAAGGAGAGUGUAAAGUUCGCCAGUGUCCUGACGUUUGCACGAGGGAACUGAGACCUGUGUGUGGCAGCGACGGGGUGACCUACAACAACCUGUGUCUGUUUGAGGCCCAGAGAUGCAGGAACCCGCAGCUUAUCCUUGUUAGCAAGGGAAGGUGUGCUUCCCUCCCGAACAAAGGCCAGCAGUGUGACUUCGUCUGUACCCUUCAGUUAGACCCUGUUUGCGGCAGCGACGGCCUCACCUACGGAAACCUCUGCAUGCUGACCGCCCAGAGAAAGUGUUCUAAUCCCGACUUGUCUUUCGCAAGGCGCGGCGAGUGUGAUACUGGGUUGAAGGAGAAAAAAUGCAGUGGGGUUUGCACGCUGGAGUACAACCCCGUGUGUGGCAGCGAUGGCGUCACCUAUGGAAACCUGUGCCAACUGCGGCAUACGAGUCGAUGCAAAGACCCAUCCAUUACUCUUGCCUACAAGGGCGAGUGUGGCAUCAUCCCCGGCCAGUGCCCAGUGAUGUGUCCGUCUAGGUAUGCUCCAGUAUGCGGCACGGACGGGCGGACUUAUGCUAACAUCUGUGAGCUUGCCCGCUUUGCCUGUACCACGAAUAACCUUCAACUGCAGCAUGUUGGUCGAUGCAGCGGCCAAGGAGGCAAGACGAAAUUCCUGGUCUACAAAGCUGUCAACCACCGAGGCAAACGUCGCGAAGAGGAGGAAUAGGCUGAUAGAUGAUGUUGCUACGGUGAUAGAGGGAGACAUAGGUUAAAAUAUGGUAGCUUUAGUGAAACAGGGAAGCAUAGCAAACAGUAGGGAAACGGAAAAAUAGGAAAAUAAAGGAUGAUGAUAUAAUUACAAGGAAACAAAACAAACGUGAAGAAACAGGGGAAUAGGUUAAAAUGAGAUGGUGAUUGUGAAACAGCGAAGUAAAGGGGAAGAGAGAAGGGAUAGAAAGCUUUUUUUUAUCUAUCUUUAUCUACCAAGCUAUUUCCCAGGAACCCUUGCAGUAACUUAAAGAAACAGAUAAACAGGCAAAUAUAGGAUGCUGAUAUGAUGAAACCGGGGAAGAAUAAGGAAAUAAGAAGAAUAGCAGGCUCUUCAUCUUCAAAGCUCAUCUCACCUUGCAGUACAUUGGAAAAACGGAUCAAUAUAAAAACAGGGAAAUGGGUAACUCUUGAUAACUUAGGGAAAUAGGUUACGAAAAUAGGAAACUCUUGCUAACAGAGGUCAAUGGGGAACUCUUGCUAAUAUAGAGAAAUAUGUGUCGACAGAGAAAUGGUGAAAUCUUGAUAGCAUAGGGAAAUAGGUAAGGGAAAUGGGGGAAUCUUCAUAACCGAAAAAAAUAGGAUAAAAUAGGACACAGGGCAAUUUUCCUUAGUCAUCCAUGUUUUUACCACAAUAAGAACUUGCAAGGGGCGUGGGGAAAUGGGGAGAAAUAGGAAGAUGUUAGUAAUGGGCCGAAAACCCGUGAAAUAGGGAAAUGGAAAUAGGGUUAGUAGUUGAUGGGGUAGUUUGUGUUCAUUUGUUUAUUUAUAAGGUGAGUGUUUGUGUGUAUGUAUGGCUUGUGACGACAUUAUUUUCUUAUUGAUUUCUUGAUUUACCUGUCUUAUUUUCUUUUGUUCAUUAUUAUUUUCUAUUAUUAUUUUGCUUGUUAUGCUUAUUUGCUGUUUUGUUUUUUACACAUCCACUUCAUACCCUGUCCUUCUUUCCUUCCUUCAUUCUUUUUUCUUUCUUUAUUAUCAUUUCUUUGUUUCCUUCCUUCAUUUCUAAGUUUCUAAGUUUUUCCUCCAUUUCUCUACAUUUCUUCUUCAUUAUCCCUCUUCCUUCCUUCCUUUCUUUCCUGUUCUUUCCCAUAUCCCGCCUUCUCUUCCCUUUCUUUCUUUAUCCCUUCUUUUGCCUGUCAUUUGUCUUCUCUAUUCUUUCAUUCCCACCAUUCCCUACUCUAUCCUUCCUCGUGUUAUCAAUAUUCUUUCACUUCCGCCCUUCCUGUUUCGAGCCCAUCCUUCCAUUCUCUUUAUCUCCUCUUUCCCUUCCAACCCUUCCUUUUCCUGCCCUUCCAUUUUCCAUCAUUUCUCUAUUUUCUCUCCAUUGCCCCUUUCACUUUCUCCCUUCAAGUUCCUGUCCUUCCAUUUUCUACCCUUUCUCUGUUUUCUCUCUUUCCCCUUUCACUUCCUCCCUUCAAGUUCCUGUCCUUCCAUUUUCUACCCUUUCUCUGUUUUCUCUCUUUCCCCUUUCACUUCCUCCCUUCAAGUUCCUGUCCUUCCAUUUUCUACCCUUUCUCUAUUUUCUCUUUUCCCUUUCAUUUCCUCCCUUCGCGUUCCUGUCCUUCCAUUUCCUAUCCUUUCUCUAUUUUCUCUCUCUCUCUCUCCUUUUUCACUUCCUCCUUCCUGUUCCUGUUCUUUCUCCCUUUCAUAGUAUUUAUUUUUAGUCCUGUUUGCUGCUUCGCGCUUCGAUGAUAAAUAAAAUAUUGACCCUUUU